CUACUUUUCUGUCUUCUCUUCCCCGGCCCCGGUGACGCAGAGCAGCGUCUGACAUGGGUGUUACAUGAGGCACUCUCAGGGAUGCACAUGACCGUGCCCGUGGCUGGAGCUUCUCCCCUGGAGAACUAGGUAAAGAUGGACGAGUCGGCCCUGCUGGACCUCCUGGAGUGCCCCGUGUGUCUGGAGCGGCUCGAUGCUUCUGCCAAGGUCCUGCCGUGCCAGCACACGUUCUGCAAGCGGUGUCUGCUGGGGAUCGUGGGUUCCCGGAACGAGCUCCGAUGUCCCGAGUGCCGGACUCUGGUGGGUGCAGGCGUGGAGGAGCUUCCCAGCAACAUCUUGCUGGUCAGACUUCUGGACGGCAUCAAGCAGAGGCCUUGCAAGGCCGGCCCGGCGGCGGGCGGGGGUACCAACUGCGCAAACACGGCAAGGGCUCAGAGCAGCUCUGGGGCCAGUUGUGGCUCGAAAGAUCUCCAGAGCUCCCAGGGUGGACCGCAGCCUCGGGUGCAAGCCUGGAGCCCCCCGGCGAGGGGGACACCUCAGCUACCGUGUGCCAAAGCGUUGUACAACUACGAAGGGAAGGAGCCUGGGGACCUGAAGUUCAGUAAAGGCGACAUCAUCAUCUUGCGGAGACAAGUGGAUGAAAAUUGGUACCACGGGGAAGUCAACGGGGUCCACGGCUUUUUCCCCACCAACUUUGUGCAGAUUAUCAAACCGUUACCUCAGCCCCCACCUCAGUGCAAAGCACUUUAUGACUUCGAAGUAAAAGACAAGGAAGCGGACAAAGAUUGCCUUCCAUUUGCAAAGGAUGAUGUCCUGACUGUGAUCCGCAGAGUGGACGUGAACUGGGCGGAGGGCAUGCUGGCAGACAGGAUAGGGAUAUUUCCAAUCUCCUACGUCGAGUUUAACUCGGCGGCCAAGCAGCUGAUCGAAUGGGACCAGCCCCCCGGGCCGGGCAUGGGGGCCGGAGAGGGUCCCUCAGCCACCGCCCCAAAGCAGCCAGACGCUAAGAAGAACACACGGAAGCGCCACUCGUUCACGUCGCUGACCACGGCAGGCAAGUCCACACACGCCGGGCAGCAGCGCCACUCCAUGGACAUCAGCCCCCCGGUCCUCAUCAGCUCCAGCAACCCUGCAGCCGCUGCGCGCAUCGGCGAGCUGGCCGGGCUCUCGUGCAGUGCCCCGUCUCAGGUUCACAUAAGCACCACCGGGCUGAUUGUGACCCCGCCCCCGAGCAGCCCGGUGACGGCCGGCCCCGCGUUCACGUUCCCGUCGGAGGGCCCCUACCCGGCCGCACUUGGGACCGUGAAUCCUCCCCUCCCCCCGCCCCCUCUCCAGGCGGCCACCCCCGCGGGUGCUGCUGUUGGGACGGGCGCCAGGCCAGCAGCCGGACCCACUGACCAGACCGCGCACCUCCGGCCUCAGACCCGCCCCAGCGUGUAUGUGGCCGUGUACCCGUACACCCCCCGGAAGGACGACGAGCUGGAGCUGAGGAAGGGGGAGAUGUUCCUGGUGUUCGAGCGCUGCCAGGACGGCUGGUUCAAAGGCACGUCCAUGCACACGAGCAAGACGGGGGUGUUCCCCGGCAACUACGUGGCCCCCGUUACCAGGACCGUGACCAGUGCUUCCCAAGGUAAAGUCCCAGUGGCUGCUGGGCAGGCCGGUCGGGGGGUGACCACAGGCAGCCCGUCCACCGCAGGAGGGCCUGCCCAGCAGCUGCAGGGGAACGGCGUGGCCGGCGGUCCCGGGGUGGUCCCCACAGCCGUGGUGUCCGCAGCCCACCUCCAGACGAGUCCCCCGGCCAAGGUCCUGAUGCACAUGUCUGGACAGAUGACCGUCAGCCAGGCCCGCAGUGCGGUGAGGACAGCCUCGGCGCACAGCCAGGAGCGGCCCAUGGCAGCGGUGACCCCCAUCCAGGCUCAGAGCGCCGUGGGGCUGCCCCACCACCCCCCGGCCCCCAUGGCGAUGGUGGGCCCCGGAGGCCUGGGCCGGGUGGGUGCUGCGCUGGCCCCACCGAACAUCCCCGCCGCCUCCCUGGAGACCGCCCUCCCCGGCCUUCCCACCUCUCCUGAUGGCAGCUCGGCAGUCAAGCCAGACAAGGACGGCAAGAAAGAGAAGAAGGGGCUGUUGAAGUUGCUUUCCAGCGCCUCCACCAAGCGCAGGCCACGGGUCCCUCCGGCCUCGCCCACCCUGGAUUCAGAGCCAGGGGCCGAGCCGGGGCUCCCCCUGCGCCUGCCCCGGGAGGAGCUCCUGCUACUUAGAGCAUCUGAAAGGAGCGACCGCGGCGCAGACCGGUGUCGGCAGUCCAGGGUGCCCGUGCUCAUCAGACAGGGGGCCUGGAGAGCUGAACGGCAGCGGGGGCACCGCGUGGUGGUCUCCUACCCUCCUCAGAGCGAGGCCGAACUUGAACUCAAAGAGGGAGAUAUCGUGUUUGUGCACAAGAAACGGGAGGAUGGCUGGUUCAAGGGCACGUUGCAGCGGAACGGGAAGACGGGCCUGUUCCCCGGGAGCUUCGUGGAGAACAUCUGAGGACACACUGGGGAGCCUAGACCCGCCCCCCCAGCGCCGGGCCACCCCAGCAGGACACGAGCGAGGGACCGCGUGUCGCCAGCACGGUGACGUGGGAGGGGGGCGCGCGGGUCUGUCCCCUGGGUCCCGGUGUGAGGUGUGCCUGGUCCCGUCUGGUCAGCUCCACAGAGAAACCUUUUGUAAAAAGCGCUAUGGCUAAAAAGGACCGUUGUUUACAAGGUUUAACUAAUUUAUUUGCUUUUCUUAAACUUGAAGUUUUCUUGUAAUAGAUAAAUUCUUUGAUGAUUUUAAGAAAUUAUUAAUUUAUGAAGCGGUAGCCGGGGAGGAGCGGCCGUCUCCUGUCGGGAACAGGGCGUCCUUCUCGGCGCCACGUGACCCCUCCCGCCGCAGGGCGGCCGCUCUGCUCCUUUGAGGCAGAAGCGCCAGUUCUCUGUCCGGUGUCCGCUCCGGGAAGCCACACCUAGGAGCGCAGCCGUGUCGCUGAGGGCCCGGGGUGGCGAGGUGGGGACUUGAGGGGACGUGGGCGCCCCCGUCUCCCUGGUUGGGUCAGGGACCACCCCCAAGACGCGGGCCUCCAUUUCAUUGGGUGGGUUUCCGAUUUCCUGGAAUGAGGAAGAAUGAAGCACAGCCCUUGAACAAAAGGUAUUCGCAGACAGACUGAGUUUUGUAACAGAAGCUGCUCAACGCUGAUUGGACGCUGUAGGAAUCGAGGUGGUCCGCUGUCUGAGGGCAGCUCUGAGAUGUCACCGCGCCUACCCCCCGGGACCUGCGUGCUGGACGCAGCAGCACAUGUGCGGUGGUGCUGGAGUCGGGGCCGAGGGACGCUGGGCGGCCCUGACAGGUGUCCGUGUGGCUCUUGCCCACGUCCCUUGACUGGUGCUGGACCCACUGCUCAGAGGCCGCGGCGUGAUGUCCCCGGAGGCACGUGCGCAGAGCUGCCCGCGCGGGGCUGCGGUCCGGCAGCACCUCCCGCCCGACGCCACCCCUGGCAGGGCCUGCGCCCUGCGGGACUCGGGACGGGGUCGGUCCAGCCGUUUUCUUCCAGCCCGUCUGACACCCUCGACCUCUGACCCUUGUCCCGCAGGCGAGGGUCAGGGCCACCCUCAGAACAACGCCAGGGAAGCCGGCCUGGCGGGGAAGGGGGUUGUGGCCACAGUUCACUUGUGAAAACACCAACGAAUAGCCGUUUCAUUUUUGAUUUUUCACAAUUACAACUGGGAAAUAGAAACAUGAACAGUUGAGUCUUUUGCAGUAGCAAGAGGGGGCAUGGUCUUAAAAAGAUAUAUUAUGUGGUGGAAAUGAAAUCAUUCCUAAAUUAACCCUUUUUUUUUUUAUAAAACACUGUACAUUAUGUUCCUGUGUAUUGAAUUUUUAAAAAAAAUACUUGGAUAUUCAUGUAAUAUAUGAAGUUUUGGUGAAAUGAACUUCAGUUAAGAGAAAAGCUGGCAUCAGCUUUCAUCUGUGUAAGUUGACACCAAUGUGUCAUGAUAUUCUUUAUUUUGGGAAAUUAGUGUAUUUUAUAAAAAUUUUAAAAAGUAAACAGACUACUACUGGUCAAGAUCAUUUUUUUACCUGUCUUUUCUCCAUAUUUUAAGCUACGUGAUUGAAGCACCUCUGUUAAUAGUUUCCUGGUACGAAGUUGGUUAAAAUUCCAUGUUAAUAGAUCACCUAAGUAAUACAAUGUGUGGGUUUUCUGUUGGUUUUUUUUGACACAGUAGAUGGAGAUUUUGUAACAAGGGCCUGUUACGCUUCGAUCGGGUAAUGAUAAAAUCACAGUUUAUCAUUGCUUUUCAUGUUAAUAAUUUGAAGACUGGAGAAAAGGUUCAAGAUUAAAAUUUGAUGUUCAACCUUUACGCA